GAAGAAAUCCAUGAACCGAAGCAAAGGGUAUGACCGUAAUUUAAAGCAAGACUAAUGGGAAAUAUGUAAAAACAAUCCGUCUUGGUUUGUUCUUCAUGCCCUUGACGUUUUCUUCGCAAAACCUCAAAAUAGAAAACAAAAAAGAAAGAACAAGAAAAUUUCUGAGCUUCCUUUUGGGUAUUUUGUUGAUCUUUUUUCUGAUUCUUUUUAGGUUUUCUACACUUCUGUAGAUUUGAAUUUAAACUGGUUUUAUCUAAAGGGUUCAAAAGGUGGGGUAUUUUACAUUGAAAGACUGAAUGAUCUAAUGGAGACCAAGGGUGGGAAAAAGACUAAGUCCAAUAGUAGUAGUAAAUCCUUUUUCUAUGAAGCUCCUUUAGGUUACAGCAUUGAAGACGUUCGACCUCAUGGUGGAAUCAAGAAGUUCCGAUCUGCUGCUUAUUCCAACUGCAUCCGAAAGCCAUCAAUGGCCUUCCCUGUCUCUGCAAUCGGAUUUGAAGGCUGUGAAAAAAGACUUGAGAUUUCGUUUUUUGACCCUGGUUUUUCUGUUGAUCCUCGAGGGAUGGGCCUCCGUUCCUUAUCCAAAGCACAAUUGGAUGAAAUCCUAAAACCGGCUGAAUGCACGAUUGUUUCUUCACUUUCAAACAAUCAUGUCGAUUCAUAUGUUCUUUCUGAAUCAAGCCUCUUUGUCUACCCAUACAAAAUCAUCAUAAAGACUUGUGGCACUACGAAAUUGCUCUUUUCAAUCCCUGCUAUUCUGAAACUGGCCAACAGCCUUUCACUUUCUGUACAGUCUGUUAGGUACAGUCGUGGGAGCUUCAUAUUUCCUGGGGCACAACCAUUUCCACACCGUAACUUCUGUGAGGAAGUAGCAAUCCUCGAUCGCUUUUUUCUUAAGCUUGGUUCUCAUAGAAAGGCUUAUAUUAUGGGUGGUUCUGAUAAAACAAAGAAAUGGCAUGUUUAUUCAGCUUCUGCACGAACGAGUAAUCAUUCAAAUCCUGUGUAUACUUUAGAAAUGUGCAUGACCGGUUUGGACAGGAAGAAAGCCUCUAUCUUUUACAAAACUCAUGCAAGUUCAGCAGCUUCAAUGACCGAGCAUUCAGGUAUCCGAAAGAUUCUUCCAUACUCGCAAAUAUGUGAUUUCGAGUUCGACCCUUGCGGUUACUCCAUGAAUUCGAUUGAAAAGGGUGCAAUCUCAACAAUCCAUGUCACCCCAGAAGAUGGUUUCAGUUAUGCUAGUUUCGAGGCAUCUGGUUAUGAUUUUGAAACUCUGAAUUCGAAUCAACUGAUCGAGAGGGUUUUGGCUUGUUUCAAACCAACCGAGUUCUCUGUAUCUCUGCAUGUUAACAUGACCCGAGAUGACCUCAGGUGUAGGAUGCCAUCUUAUGUGAAUGGAUACUGUUGCGAAAAAAGGAGCUUUGAACAGCUCGGGAAUGGGGGUUCAGUCAUGUACUACAGCUUUGGUGGGGGUGACAUGUGUGUGUCCCCUAGGUCAAUUCUGAAAUCAUGCAGCUGGAAUGAGGAUGAUCAAAGUGUUGGGGUUAGGCCUGCUCCAUAUCAUUUGAGUGCUCUAUAGCUUUGGAUUCAAUCUGUUUCAGGAAAAAGAGAAUUGCAGUGGCUUUAAAGCUUUAAAGGUGAGGGACCAGAAGGAUAAGGAUGUUGAACUGGAAUUAUGUUUUGUUUUGUUUUGUUUUGUCUUGUCUUGUUUUUGUUUUUAAUAAUAUUUGUCUGUGUUGUUUUAUCUUUGAAUAAAUGUAUUUAUCAGCUAUAUUGAGUGGCAAAUGGGACUAUAAUAAAUUGUGGGAUUGUUGUUACUGUAGCAUUUCCUGGGAAAAUAUCAAGGAAGCCCCUGUACUUGGGGGUGGAUUGCAUUUUGGCUUUUCGGUUAGUCUUUAUAUUUUGAAAUGUGCAAAUUAGUUUAUUCGUUAAAA